UGACAACAGUAUUGGCAAUCAUAUGAGCGUUGAAUGCAAUGGUUUUCCUAUGGAUUCGCCGCUAAAUCUGGCCCAUCGAUGCCAUCGUAAAGCCGAGUACUAUCUCAAUGAUAAUCGUUUCAAAGAGGCCGUCGAAUACCAUCUGAAAGCCGCCGGUCACAUACAGGAGGCGCUGUUGAGCACGACGUGUGCGCUGAUGAAGGCGUCGCUGGAGACACAAAAAGCGUAUCACUUAUCGCAAGAAGCGGUUCUCAAA